AAGGGUUGAACAUGUCGCUCCGUUUUGGACAACAUCUCAUCAAGCCUUCUCUUGUGUUUCUGAAGACAGAGCUGUCUUUUGCACUUGUGAACAGGAAACCUGUGGUUCCAGGCCAUGUUCUCAUUUGCCCUCUCCGCCCUGUGGAACGUUUCCGUGACUUGCAUCCUGAGGAAGUGGCUGAUUUAUUUCGCACAACACAAGCAGUUGGCAAUGUAGUGGAGCAACAUUUUGGAGGAACUUCGCUCACCAUUUCAGUUCAGGAUGGUCCUGAAGCUGGACAGACUGUGAAGCAUGUUCAUGUCCAUGUACUUCCAAGGAAGCCAGGUGAUUUUGACAGAAAUGACAACAUCUACGAUGAGCUUCAGCGUCAUGACAAAGAGGCCGAAGAUUCCCCCAGCAAAUGGAGAUCUGAGGAAGAAAUGGCAAUUGAAGCUGCAAUCCUCAAGAAAUAUUUUCAGUGAAUGAAGAGGGGCAACACAAUCUUUUCAAUUAGUUCUGAAGCGGGAGAAGUGGAGAAGAGCCUCUUUUGUUCCCGGCUAACCUGGAAUGGAAAUGAUGGAGGAUGACAACAUAUUCAUUUAGAGAUACUGGAUGAAACAAAGAAUGUUUUAUCCGUCAGAGUCUCACUUAGGUUAAGAUGCUUCUUAGCUUUGGUUUCAUUAAAGUUAUUGGAAUUUGGGGUGUGUAUGGGUGUGAAUAAAUAUUUCUGAGUUGUAACAUCUCAAAACGAAAGUAAACACUAAAAUUCUCGAUAAU